AUGACUUUUUGUCGAUUAAAUCAACAAAAAAUUCGUGCUGAUAGUUAUAGAGGAUUGAUUGAUCAUUUACAAUGGACAGCCGAAGAAUCAGAUAAUCACGUAGGAAAAAUGGUGAUUCUGCCAUCAUCAUUUACAGGUUCUCCAUGUAAUAUGUUGCAAUAUUAUCAAGAUGCAAUGGCUAUUGUUAGGAAAUUUGGUAAACCUGAUCUUUUUAUAACUAUGACGUGUAGUCCGAAUUGGCGAGAAAUCAAAGAAAAUUUAUUACCCGGCCAAAUUGCAUCUGACAGACCAGACAUUGUUUCAAAAGUGUUUGAUAUAAAAAAGAAUGAACUUAUAACAGUAAUAAAAAAGCAACAGUUAUUCGGUAAAGUACCUGCAUUUGUUUACGUAGUUAAAUAUCAAAAACGUGGACUUUUACAUGUACAUUUAUUAGUUACUUUAAAUAGUAAUGAUAAAAUGACCACUCCUGAAAAAGUUAAUAAGUUCAUUGUGGCAGAAAUUCCUAAUUCAAACGUAAAUCCCAUAUUGCAUAAUAUUGUCAUUGAAAAUAUGAUUCAUGGUCUUUGA